AUGGCCGAGAAGAUUGUGCAAUGUACCGCGCCGGUCUGGCAGGAAGGUGCCAAUUGUGAAUGUCCAAAGAAUACAUGGGGUGUUGGUUGUGCUACCACAUGUGCCUGUAACAAGAAAAAUUGCAAAUGCAACCGAGCAACUGGAAACUGUUCGUGUAACAAGGGCUGGAAAGGGGCAACCUGCGAGGAGGAAUGCGACGCUCAACACUAUGGCAGAAACUGUAAACUGACCUGUACCUGUCAGAAUGGCGCCACAUGUAAUCGUUGGUCAGGUGCUUGUACCUGUACUGCUGGUUGGAAUGGCAAGUCAUGUGAUCAACCGUGUUCUAAUCACCGCUACGGAGUGGGUUGUCAACAAAGAUGCCGUUGUGCGAAAAUUGCUCUUUGUGAUCCUGUAGAUGGCUCUUGUACGUGUCGCAACGGUUUCUCCGGCACACUAUGUGAUAAAGAAUGUCUUUGUCCAGACGGGUCACCAUGCCAGUCUGAUGGUUCUUGUGCGUGUGAACGAGGCUGGACAGGACAAAGAUGUGACCAACCAUGCCCUCUUGGUACGUUCGGAACUGGGUGUUCACAGGAAUGCCUAUGUCAAAACGGAGCACACUGUAAUCAGACAGAUGGAACCUGCACUUGUUCAUCAGGUUGGAUGGGGGAAGUCUGUGAUGUUGGAUGUCAGGAGGGGUAUUACGGACUUGACUGCAGAGAUGUGUGUUCUUGCGUUAACGGUGCGAAUUGUAGCCACACCAGUGGUUCAUGCUUUUGUGCACCAGGCUGGAUUGGAGAGACAUGUUCUGAGAUGUGUCCAGAUAACUUCUUUGGCGAAGGUUGUCGGACGGAUUGCCUGUGCCAGAACGGAACACAUUGCCAUCGUAAGGAUGGUCACUGCGAUUGCAGUCCUGGGUGGACGGGUGAUCUCUGCGAUGAAAGAUGUCCACAAGGUUUAUACGGAAUGAACCGUGAAUAUCGAUGCUUGUGUGAAAAUGGAGCUGAAUGCAAUCAUGUCGACGGCACUUGUUCAUGCCUGGCUGGCUGGCGAGGGCAAUUCUGUAAGGAUACCUGUGCGGAUGGUACCUUCGGAUUGAACUGUGAGAAUGAAUGUCAGUGUUUCAACGAUAGCGCAUGUGACCCUGUUUCCGGGUCAUGCAGCUGCCAACCUGGAUGGACUGGGGACUUGUGUACUGAGGUUUGCCUGACAGACACCUAUGGAUUAGGAUGUACUGUGGAAUGCAGAUGUCAAAAUGGAGGCACCUGUUUUCAUGUGGAUGGAUCAUGCAUGUGCGGUAAAGGUUUUAUUGGAGAAACAUGUGAACAAGAAUGUCCAGAAGGGUUCUAUGGGCUUGAAUGCUCACAACAGUGCCAAUGUGAAAAUGGAGGAACAUGCAACCACAUAAAUGGCUCAUGCACGUGUACUGCUGGUUGGAUAGGACUAGAUUGCAAAUCCCCUUGUGGAGACAGCUCCUUUGGUCUACAAUGCCGGGAAGUUUGCGCCUGUCGAAACAAUGCUUCGUGCAACCAUAUCGAUGGGAGUUGUUUAUGCCAACCAGGAUGGAUAGGAGAUUUGUGUGAAAACAGAUGUCCAGAGGGACGUUACGGCAAUGCUUGUAAGCUUCUUUGUGGUUGCACAAGUGGUGGAUUGUGUAACCAUGUUGAUGGUUCAUGUAAUUGGUUUCCAGGUUGGACUGGCGUGGCAUGCAGUGCACGUUGCCAAGAUGGAUUUUUCGGACAAGACUGCCGACAGUUAUGUCAAUGCCAGAAUGAUGGCACAUGCGAUCACAUCGAUGGAAUAUGCACUUGUAAAUCUGGAUGGACUGGGGAAGUGUGUGCUGAAAAGUGUCCAGUAGGAUCUUAUGGGAACGAAUGCCUGCAACAGUACCAGUGUGUUAAUAGAGGAACUUGUCAUCAUGUUAGUGGAGCUUGUUCCUGUGCUCCAGGAUGGCAAGGUGUCACUUGUGCUGAGCCCUGCAACGAAAACUUCUAUGGACAAGACUGCCAUGAGCGCUGUCAGUGCCAGAAUGGUGCCACAUGUGAUAAUCUAGAUGGGUCCUGCCUUUGCGGACCUGGAUGGAUCGGGGAGUUCUGUGAACAAGCUGUCGAUGUGCAAAUGGUGGAAGUUGCAGUAACAUUGAUGGGUCUUGUUCUUGUUCUCCGGGUUGGACUGGACAGCUUUGUAAUGAGAGAUGCAGAGAAGGAUUCUUUGGUCAUGGAUGUCAUUAAAUAUGCCAAUGCCAGAAUGAUGGUACAUGCGAUCACAUCGAUGGUUCAUGUACUUGUGAACCUGGAUGGAUCGGAGCCAUAUGCGAUGAAAGGUGUGUUCAAGGUUUCUAUGGCCAAGAUUGUCAAGAAACAUGCUUGUGCCAGAAUUACGGAACGUGUCACCAUGUCAUUGGAUUCUGUAUUUGCCAAUCUGGAUUCAUCUUAA